AGCUUUCUUCUCCGCCCCUCUUCUUCAUCAAAAGUCUUUUUUUGUCCGUCAGAGAGUCAUCCGCCUCCUUCCCCGCGUGGUGGAAACGUGUGGAAAACAAAACACUCCUCUCUCUCUGCUGCCCGCCCGCCCGAACGGGAGCAGCAACAACAACUGGGACCAGUGUGCUUCGCUGGAAAAAACAUUUUUAGUGCUGAUUCCGACGCGCUUUCAUCGGUACGCCUUCCGCACCAGAAGCUCCCAGGAUGGCUGACACGAGCGGGACCAGCCCUGCUGCCAACUUCCUGGAGACCAUGAAAAGUUACACGAAGACCCAGAAAGGAUUCAUCUUGGCAGCAGAAAUAGUCCUUGGUUUCGUAAUCAUGAUCUGUUAUCUUUCGUCCAAUUACGGCGGCUACUCCGGCGUAGCCAUCUGUGAGAUGGUCUUCGCCAUAAUCUUCUUUGUGGUCUUUAUGAUGGAGCUGGACAAGAGGUUCCACGUAGUCCACUGGGUCUGGAGUGACAUGUUUCGAGCUUCUGUUGGUUGCCUCCUUUACCUCAUCACGUCCCUGGUCUGUGUCAUUCGAGGAGCCGGGGAUGGGCCUCUCAUCGCAGCAGGAGUCUUUGGUUUGUUUGCGGGCAUCAUUUAUGCAUAUGACACCUACACCAUCUACCUGCAACUCCGAAGCGGCGAACAGCAAACGGCAGUUCCCAGCAGUGACAAAGUUUAAGCCGUCUGAUCCACGAGUCUCUGACUCCAACACACCUGCAUCACUGUCUCGAGAGCGGCCCGGGGGCGAUGUUGGACCAGCAGGUCAAAGGUUAAUCAUUGCAACUGUACAGAGCGAAUGCAUGAGAUGUAUUUAGGGCCAUGCCUCAGCGUAACAUAAAACAGACACACUGACCAAGUGAGCGUACUGUACAUGUCUUCUACAGGAGGAAUUUCCCUCCUGAUGGUGUUAUUUUUUAUUCCAACCUCGUUAUUCGCCAAAAAUUGUAACCUGAGAGCGACUGAUGUCACCAGGAAGCUGCUCUAAUACAUUUUCCUGCUCUAGUUGUUAAGUUGGUAGUAACUAAAACAUUAGAGUGGUGUUCAGCAUUUCACUCUGCUGUUUAUUGCUUUAGUCACACAUAAUUCUUUCAUUCUGCCUGUUUUUAUGUUUUAUUCCUGAAUCCUAAACAUUUGACGUGACGUCAGUUUUACUAAUAGAGGCCUUCGAUCGUUAACCCAUGAAUUGCGGUGGCAUUUGUGUCGUCUCUGAUUCUUGCUCAGGUUAUGAUUUAUUAUUUCAUACAUGUGUAACACGGUGGUUUGAAGCUGCAGGAUGCGUUUCUGUUGAUCUUUUGUACUACCCACUCUAGUAAAGGGAGGUGUUUUUGUGGAGGUAGACGAGGAAAAAUCUGUAAUGAGAAAGUAUUGCUGCAACUGUUUCCUCCACCUCAACCCUUAUGUUGGUCGUUUGGAGGAAAAAAAUUGUCCUAGACUGACUUUUGUUUUCUAAUAAGAUUUUAAAAGUGUACAAUUUGUCAUUUUAAAAUUCAGAUCAGCUUUGCUUUGAGAAAUAAAGCCAUUAUUACUACAAA